GUGUGUCAGUGGCGGAGGUAGGUGGGUCCGCUCCUCCAGCACCACCACGCAGGAACACUAACGCGCGUCCUAGUCCUCGUCACGCCGUACUCUGCGUCACGCCACACGCUGCGUCACGCCAUACCCUGCGUCACGCCGUACUCUGCGUCACGCCAUGCUCUGCGUCACGCCAUGCUCUGCGUCACACAGACGUCGCCUAUAUAAAAGAGACUAAUUAGGUCUUCUGUUAAGGUUUAUUAAACAUUAUAUUUUUGAAGCACUACAGCAGACCUGGGAGACGCUGAGAUGACCAGCUGAUUAAAUACCAGUGUUGUGACAACUUAGCCCAAGUUGUGGCCGAUAUCUCAAGAGAAAGUGUUGUUAAACAACCCGUGUGUGUGAUGACCACAUAAACAACUACACGUGAUGAUUGUGUAAACCCAACAGGUGACAUAAGACACAAGACACAGGAAGAGAACACCAACAAGAGUGGUGGCCAUGAUGCCUGAGGGCGGGAAGUGUAGGUGAGACGUAGCCGCCACUAAGAAACAAUAAGGGGGUAAGGUUAGCGACACCAUGAAAGGCAGGCGGCUAGGAGACCAGCCAGUGUUCGCCUGCAACCUCGUCUGACCCCUCAGCCUCUACAACCACCACCACAGCCUCUACAACCACCACCACAGCCUCUACAACCACCACCACCACCUCUACAACAACCACCACAGCCUUUACAACAACCACCACAGCCUCUACAACCACCACCACAGCCUCUACAACCACCACCGCGGCCACAACAAUUAGGAACGAAGUAACAUUGUUGAGUGUAGGAAGAAGAAUGAGCGGCGGCGAUCCGGGAGGCCACAAGUGCCGCUUAUGACUGCUUGAGAGACGCAGUCAGAGAUGAGAGGUAGAAGAAUGCGAGAGAUUAUAGGCGGUGUGCGGGCGUGGGUGUGGGCGGUGGUGGGGCUAGUCCUACUAGCCCAGACUACACCUACCCACUCACGCAUCUUCUGUUUCAAUGGCGGCUACUGCGUCUACAACCGCUGCAUCUGUCCGGACGGCUUCUACGGCUCGCGCUGCCAGUAUGACCGGGACGAGUGCGCGACGGACAAUGGCGGCUGUGAGCAGGAGUGCAGGAACACCCUGGGAUCCUUCGUCUGCUGCUGCAGCCCAGGAUACAAGCUCCGCCCAGACAAGAAGUCCUGCCAAGAGGUGGACGAGUGCGAGGACCACAACGGCGGCUGCUCCCACACCUGCGUCAACACUGAUGGGUCCUACGAGUGUCGCUGUCUCCCGCACUACACACUACUGCCAGACGGACGAACCUGUCUUCCUCCGUCAGGCGGCGGCGGCGGCUCCGUGUCCAGAGUGAGCUGCGAGGUCCGUAAUGGCGGGUGUCACCAGCUGUGUCACGAGCACCUGGGGCGUGUCACCUGCUCCUGCACACGAGGGUAUCAGCUGAUGGCGGAUAAGCGUCGAUGCGCUCCCAUCAAUCCCUGUGCCAUCGACAAUGGCGGCUGCCACGACCGCUGCUACGUCGACCAGGGAAGGGUGCGUUGCACCUGUCGACCAGGGUACGACCUGGCGGACGACCAGUCGACCUGUAUCGACCAGGACGAGUGCCAGACGACACCGGGCAUCUGUAGUCACCAGUGCCGCAACGUCCAGGGGUCCUUCCAGUGCCUGUGCUACCCAGGCUAUGAACUGGCGACUGACAGAAGGUCGUGUCACAAGGUGGAGGAGGUCAACGCUUGCCUCGUCAACAACGGCGGCUGUGGACACCUGUGUCGCCAUGACCACGUCUCAGGAGCAGUCUGCAGCUGCCACCCUGGCUACAGCCUCCAGCAGGAUGGCAAGACCUGUCAGGACGUGAACGAGUGCCUGGUGGGGGGACACAGGUGCCAGCAGCAGUGUACUAACACCCCGGCAGGGUACACCUGUGCCUGCGCCUCCGGCUACACCCUCAGCAGCGACGGCUUCUCCUGUACAGAUGUGGACGAGUGUAGCCUCGGGCGGGGAGGCUGCGACCACUACUGCACCAACACCCAGGGCUCCUUUACCUGCUCCUGCGGCAGUGGGUACACCCUGGUGGACGACACCCGCUGUGUGGUUCCUCCCAGACGCUUCGACGAUCACACGCCAAAAGUUGACCUUGAAAUGAUAGAGAACGACUUGCUGCUGGUGGAGGACGACCUCUCGGGAGCGGAAGAGGACAUUUCAAAGAUGGAGAACGACCUGGAGAGUGUGGGAGGAGGACGGACGACGAAGGAGGAAGAGGAGGAAGACCGUAGGUGGAGCGUGGACGAGAGGCGACGCUGGGGCAAUGACAAUUUCGAGGGGCCUAAGGAAGAUGGUGGAUGGACAACAAACGAGAAGGCUUUAGAGACUAACCAAGAUAGGCGAUGGGAGACAAGUGGAGAAAGGUCGGGAGGAGGAAGAGAUAGAGGUCAGAGAACGGACCGAAUAGAUGUGAAUAGAGGAUGGAAUGCGGAGGACAUAAGCCCACCAGAUGAAGAUAGACGAUGGAGAAUAGAUAGAGUAGAUGAAACAAAAUGGUGGAGCUUAAAUCGAAGUGAAACAGGAGACAGAGGGAGGAGGCCGGGAGGGGCAGACGGUAAUUGGCGCACAGACCAAACAGACGAGAGAAGAUGGGACAGGAACGGUGCAAGACCAGAUGAAGGAAGAGGAGGAGGAGGAGGAGAUGGGUGGAAAACAAACCAAAAACAGGAACGAAGACGGUGGUUUGUGGAGCAAAAUGCUUCAUUAGAAGAUGGAGGGCCGGCGGGAAGGGCGGAGGGGGACAGAGAGCACUGGAGGGUGGAGGAGACCAAUGUGACGGUGGUGGCCGCGACCCGCACCACACCUCCGGAUGUCCUCGUGCCGGAGGUGACGCCGCUCUGGGAAACUGACGAAGAAACUCUGCAGAUAGACGAAGGCAGGUGGGGGAUAGAUGAAGAAAAGUGGAGGAUGGACGAAGAGGAGGACAUAAAGGAGGAAAAGGAAAUGUCAAAGGUGGGAUCGCAUGUACCAUCAGGGGGAGAGGAGACCACUACCCCGAAAGAUAUGGAAGAGGUGCCACCGACAACGGAAGAGGAGCGUGAUAACAACCUGGUGACCAUCGCUGAACACUCCAUCAACCUCACUACAGUACACCAAAAAGUGUGUCCGGAGGGAGUGUCUGGUCCAGGAUGCAAGGUGAGGUGUGCAGAGUGCCCCGGGGAGUGUGGUGAGGAAGGGUGCCUGUGUCCUCCAGGCACACAGGGCAUCACUUGUCAGCAGCCAUGUCAACAGGGUUUCUAUGGGUCAGGGUGCCAGCAGGUGUGCCAGUGCCAGAAUGGAGGCACCUGUGAUGCUGUGAGCGGGUCGUGCACCUGUCCUCCAGGUGUCUCCGGGGACUUCUGUCAGGACGGCUGCCCCGCAGGGUACUAUGGUGGCACGUGUCGUCGAAGGUGCCCCAUGCCAUGCCCCAACAACCGCUGCAACAAGCACUUCGGCUUCUGUGAGUGCGGUCCGGGCCGCAUCGGCCCCACCUGCAACAGUCCCUGUCCAGCCUUCACCUGGGGGGCCAACUGCCGCGACCAGUGCCACUGCCAGAUCCGCUCAACUGACCUGUGCCACCCAGAGACAGGAGUGUGCGAGUGCCGUCCCGGGUAUGUGGGCGUCGACUGUUCCGACGAGUGCCCGGCUGGGCACUGGGGCGCCGGGUGCCGCCACAAGUGCCAGUGUGACAAUGGUGCCACGUGCCACGGUGCCACGGGAACCUGUAUCCACGACUGCCCGCCGGGACUCACAGGACACGACUGUAAGACACCGUGUGACGAAGGUCAGUUCGGGCCUGGGUGCGUGGAGGCCUGCCAGUGCGAAGACCGACCGUGUGACCCUGCCACCGGAGACUGCAGGUGUCCGUCAGGCUCCCACGGACCUCUCUGCCUUCAGCGCUGCGAGGAGGGCCGCUGGGGAGAGAGCUGCCUGAAGCAGUGCCAGUGUCACGGGAACGCCACCUGCGACCGCGUCUCCGGCGAGUGCCUCUGUCCCCCAGGAUUCAUGGGCGAGGAGUGUGAGGAGCCGUGCAGCGCCGGCCGCUGGGGGAAGGACUGCCGACUGACGUGCAGGUGUCUUAACGGCGCCUCCUGCAACCCCGUCACAGGCAGGUGCGAGUGUGGCCCAGGCUUCACGGGGCACUACUGUGGCCAGCCGUGCCCCCCGGGACUCCAUGGACCCGAUUGUGCCUUCAUGUGCCAGUGCCCCGACGGUGCUCCUUGUGACCGGGUGACGGGGCAGUGCCAAUGUGACCCCGGGUGGACUGGGCGAGACUGUUCCCUCCGGUGUGCCGAGGGCCGCUACGGUGCCGGGUGUAGACAGUUCUGCACCUGCGGCCAGGGUGCCCAGUGUGACCCCUCCACCGGCGCCUGCGUCUGCCUUCCUGGAUGGGGAGGUGUGGAGUGCUCGGAGCCGUGUGCCCCGGAGUCCUGGGGUCCUGGGUGCCUCCAGCGGUGUGUGUGUGUCGCCGGGGCCACAUGUGACCCUGUGACAGGUGCCUGCAGGUGCCCCCCGGGCCGGCACGGCCACCACUGCAUCCAGAUGUGCCCGCCGGACCGGUGGGGAGACAGCUGCCAGCACACGUGUCUCUGCCACAACGGAGGCACGUGCGACCGUGUGUCUGGGGCUUGUGUUUGCCUCCCUGGCUACACUGGCGCCAGGUGCCAAGACAGAUGCCCCGCAGGGACCUAUGGCGAAAGAUGUCACUACAAAUGCACCUGCCUCCAUAAUGCCACUUGCCAUCACGACACUGGCGUCUGCAUCUGUCCUCCGGGUUAUACGGGAACUAUGUGCCAAAUGGAAUGCAGUUCAGGCAAGUACGGUCUCGAGUGCCUAAGUGAGUGCCAAUGUCAGAACGGCGGGAGCUGCGACGCCGUCACGGGUGCCUGCGUGUGUGCCCCCGGCUGGCGUGGACAACACUGCAACAAGCCCUGUCACCAAGGGUCGUGGGGAGAUGAGUGUGGAGGUGUGUGCGACUGUGACCACGGUGCCACCUGUCAUCACGUCACUGGUCAGUGUCAGUGUCCUCGAGGCUUCACGGGUGACAGGUGCCAAACAGUGUGUCCUGCUGGUUUCUACGGGGAGGAGUGCAGGGAAAGGUGCAGGUGUGGGCCAGGCCAGCCGUGUGACCAUGUGUCCGGCGCGUGCAUGUGUCCUCCAGGGCGCCGAGGGCAACAGUGCCAAGAGUACUGUGAGGAAGGGUGGUGGGGAAAGGAGUGCUUGCAGGAGUGCCAGUGCCCAGAGUCGGCCCUCUGCGACCCCAUCAAUGGCACCUGCUACUGCCCUGCUGGACGCCGUGGACGACACUGUAGAAGAUUGUGUCCUCAGGGCCGUUAUGGAGUGGGCUGCAAGCAGAAGUGUCAGUGUGGCAAUGGAGGUACAUGCGAUCCAGUGACUGGUCAGUGCACUUGUCCCCCGGGUUUCUACGGCCCCACUUGUCACCUCGCCUGCCUCACCCAUGACAACAACACUCACUGCCAUCAGAGGUGUGAGUGUGAGCACGGAGGUGUAUGUAGCGAGGCUGGGGAAUGCCGGUGUCCUGCAGGAUACAUGGGCCCUCGCUGUCAACAUACCUGUCCAAACAACACUUGGGGCCUUGCCUGUGCAUUCAAAUGUCAGUGCCAAAAUGAUGCCAUCUGUCACCCAGCAACGGGCGAAUGUCAGUGUGGGCUGGGAUGGACAGGCAAGAACUGCGACUUGGAGUGUGAACCAGGAAGAUAUGGCCCUCACUGCAGCCUCGACUGUGCCUGUCAUGCCAACACCACCUGUGACCGAUUCUCGGGGUGCUGCGAGUGUGGUCCUGGGCGCUAUGGCCGCUACUGUGAGCUGGUGUGUCCACCUGGCUUUUACGGCGUGUACUGUACCGGUGUCUGCGAGUGCCAACAUAGUGCUACGUGUGACCCCAGCACGGGCAAGUGUCACUGUGCUCCAGGCUUCACAGGUCCCACAUGUGACCUUAUCUGCCCAGAAGGAACAUUUGGACCUGGGUGUGAAGAGGAGUGCCAGUGUGGGCCCUACCAAUGUCGUAGGGACACCGGAGAGUGCCUGUGUCCCCCUGGCCUCAUGGGGCCGCUCUGUACCCGGCAGUGUAGUGCUGGAAGGUAUGGUCCCAAGUGUGAACAAGAGUGUGAGUGCCACAAUGGUGCCACCUGUGAUCCUGCUACUGGCCAGUGCACCUGUCCCCCUGGCUGGCUUGGCCCCAAGUGUCAGGAGAGAGAUGUGCUGCCUUACACUCACCCUGACCACCGUGACCGAGCUGACAUUCCUGUGGAAGACAGCUGAACAUUCAUCCCUGUGGAUAGCAGCCAAGUGUCCCUUCAUAAGCAGCUGACAUCAGCAGUCACCUUAACAGAACUCUGACAUCUUGGAGAAGCAGAGUUGCCCUUUAAGCAGGGCUGCAUCUCCUUAUAUAAUCUGCAGAGUCCUUAAAUGGACAGCUGAACUUUCCUUAGUGGAUACUAGUGUCAAUUAAACACUGACUCCUUGGAAAACAGCUAAGUGCUUAAUUUUUGCCAUUGAUAAUUUAAAUGUGUGUAAAGAAAGUGCAGUAUUUAUCACCAUGCUGCACAAAUUCUGCCUCAACAUAAACUACAGAAAUUACAUGUACAACACAUAGAACAUAUGGUAAAAUAAAUGAAGUGUCACUGCUUAGCUGGUGACAACAAAGUGAAGAAAAUUUCCAAAUUUUCAGUGGUGUUAAAAGAAAUUUAGAAUACAAUAAAGAAAGAGUACAUGUAAUUAAAAUAAGCUUAACAUUAAUGAAGAAGUUUGUUAGUAUAAUAGUUGAAUGUCUAUAGACUCACUGCCUGCCUACUGAUGGCUUUAAGUAUAUUUAAGCUGAAAAGAAGUUAUACACUAAGUUAUUAUGCAAACCCAUGACUUUAAUGCAGUUCUCCAAAGCUGCAAGAGUGAAUAUUACAAAAUGUAGCUUUAGAAGUAAUUCCUUCUAUUAUUAUAUUGGUUUCAUGUGUUCAUUAAGUAGAGCAUAUAUAGUCUAACCACUUCAAUGUUAUUCAAAAUUAUUUUAUUAGUCUCGUCAGACUGUAACUCCACUUAUACGUGGAACAUCAACUCGGAUACAUAACAUUCUAUUAAAUUUUCUAGAGCAAUGCAGCAUUAGGGUGGCAAUACAGUACUGUAUUAAGAAAUCCUCCUUCAAA